AUGAAUAACAUUAUCAAAAAAAAUACACCAAGAACCAAAUCAAGAUAUCUAAAGCUAAUAGUAACACAUAUUAUUUUCACAGUUGCAAGAAGUCUGUUGAUGAAAAUGGCCCCACGCACACCAAGAAACACUAGACGUAGAUCUACCUCCAGUGGAGAGAGUACCUCUCUUUCCCAAGUUAUAGCUGGCUAUGUUGGACGACAUGCAAUUGUCUCCCAGCAAGUACCUGUUUCCAGCAGUGAUGAGCACCUGAAUCAGAUGUCCUUGGACUUACAGGGCUUUAUUAUGCAGCUUGCAUGGAUGAACUGCAAGGUAGGCCAGCUGAUGGAUGGCCAGAGAAGAAACAUUGGUGCUGCUGCUCGGCAGGAGAGUAUGCCAGCAAGCUUGCCAGCCCUUGCCCCUUCAUCUCCUCUCUCUGUUCCAGCCAUGCCUGAGCAGGAAAUGGGCUCUUUGAUCUUGGUAUUGAUUAAUAGAAAGAUCUGGAAAAGGAACCUGAAGUUCAGAGACUCUUCUGUCAUUGCUGAGAAUGAGGCAAGAAGAAGAUGGAACGUCACUGAGUGCAUCAAUCAUCCCGAAAAUGCUGCACUCGUUGAUUAUCUUUGUCAGUACAUUCUUGCGCAACCUUGUGCAAGAGAUUUCUGGUCCAGCAUGGUGUUGAAGAAGUUUUUAAGAGGAAGAAUUCAAGAUUUGAAAUUAGGAACGAAGAUUCGUGAGAACUUGUGUAGUCCCGAUGAAGUAUUAACAUCGAAAGUAAAUGUGUUUAUGAGUUAUAAUUAUGCUUAUAAUAAUCCACUGAUGUAUCCCAUAUUAUGGUGA